GCACAGGCAAAGUUCAAGUUGUUCAUCUGGGCUGGAUUAUUACAUUGCUUGAUAGUCUGUGGAUUUGCCCAACAAGGUGGCAACAAUUGUAUAAAAGUUAAUGCAAAAUCAUGUGCUGACUGCAUACAAGCUGGACCAAAUUGUGGAUGGUGCAAAAAUAUAACCUUCCUUCAAGAAGGGGAAUCUACUUCAGCGCGAUGUGAUGACUUAGACGUUUUAAAAAGUAAGGGCUGCCCUCCAGAGGAAAUAGAAAAUCCCAGAGGCUCUCAGCAGAUGCUCAAAAACAAGGAAGUAACAAAUCGUGUCAAAGGAACUGCUGAGACGCUCAAGGUGGAAAACAUUACUCAGAUACAACCUCAGCAAGUGUCAUUAAAGCUACGGAUAGGGGAACCACAGACCUUUUCAUUAAAAUUUAAGAGGGCUGAAGAUUACCCUAUAGAUCUGUAUUACCUUAUGGAUCUCUCCUACUCCAUGAAAGAUGACUUGGAGAACGUAAAAAGUCUUGGAACUGCUCUGAUGAGUAAAAUGAAGAAUAUUACUUCAGAUUUUCAGAUUGGUUUUGGUUCUUUUGUGGAAAAAACUGUAAUGCCUUACAUUAGUACCACACCAGCCAAACUCAAGAACCCAUGCACGGGUGAUCUUAACUGCACAAGUCCUUUUAGCUACAAAAAUGUGCUCAACCUUACUGGCAAUGGAACCGAAUUCAAUAAACUUGUAGGCAAACAACACAUUUCUGGCAAUUUGGAUUCUCCUGAAGGUGGAUUUGAUGCGAUAAUGCAAGUCGCUGUUUGUGGUGAAAAAAUUGGAUGGCGAAAGGACGUCACUCGAUUGUUGGUGUUUUCCACGGAUGCUGGAUUCCAUUUUGCUGGAGAUGGGAAGCUUGGAGGAAUUGUUCUACCCAAUGAUGGACAAUGCCAUUUAGAUAACAAUAUGUACACAAUGAGCCAUUAUUAUGAUUAUCCCUCCAUUGCUCAUCUUGUUCAGAAACUAAGUGACAAUAAUAUACAGAUAAUUUUUGCUGUAACCCAAGAAUUUCAGCCAGUUUACAAGGAGCUGAAGAAUUUGAUUCCAAAAUCCGCGGUGGGAACGCUGUCUUCAAACUCCAGUAACGUGAUCCAACUGAUUAUUGAUGCGUACAAUUCAUUGUCUUCAGAAGUCAUUUUGGAAAACAACAAAUUACCAAAAGAAGUCACCAUUGAAUAUAAAUCUUUUUGCAAGAAUGGAGUGAAUGGUACAGGAGAUGAAGGGAGAAAGUGUUCAAACAUUUCAAUUGGAGAUGAGGUUAAGUUUGAGAUUAAAGUAACAGCCACCCAGUGUCCAGAAAAAGGUGUAAGUGACCCCAUCAGAAUCAAACCGCUGGGUUUCACCGAAGAGGUAGAAAUUAAGCUGGAGUUCAUCUGUGAGUGCGACUGUCACAAGGAAGGAAUUCCAGACAGCUGGCUGUGCCAUAAUGGAACAUUUGAGUGUGGUGCUUGCAGGUGUAAAUCGGGGCGUAUUGGGAAACACUGUGAAUGCAGCAUGGAUGAAGUAAACAGUGAGGAUAUGUCAGGCACCUGUAGAGCGCCGAACAGUACGGAAAUCUGUAGCAACAAUGGAGAGUGCAUUUGUGGACAGUGUGUGUGCAAGAUAAGAGAUAACCCAAAUGAAAUCUACUCUGGCCAGUUUUGCAACUGUGAUAACUUCAACUGUGAUCGAUCCGAUGGCUUGAUUUGCGGAGGACAUGGUGAAUGUAAAUGUCGUGAAUGUGACUGCUGGCAAAACUACACAGGCUCUGCGUGCGAGUGUCCCCUGGAUACAACCCCAUGUGAAGCUGCUAAUGGGCAAAUCUGCAAUGGCAGAGGGACCUGUGAGUGUGGGGUCUGCAACUGCACUGAUUCCAAAUUCCAGGGACCUACGUGUGAGUUGUGUCAGACCUGUCUUGGAGUCUGCCAAGAGCACAAGGACUGUGUCCAGUGCAGAGCUUUUGGCAAAGGGGAAAAGAAAGAUAAAUGUGAUGAGGAGUGUUCACAUUUUAACCUGACACUGGUAGACCACCGGGACAAGCUGCCACAGCCUGGUGACUUUGAUGCCCAGUCUCAUUGCAAAGAGAAGGAUAUCGAUGACUGCUGGUUUUACUUCACCUACUCAGUGGAAUCGAACAAAGCCCUCGUCCAUGUAGUGAAGACACCAGAAUGCCCAAGUGGCCCUGACAUCAUUCCCAUUGUCGCUGGUGUGGUUGCUGGAAUUGUUCUGAUUGGUCUUGCUUUAUUGCUUAUCUGGAAACUGCUUAUGAUAAUUCACGACAGAAGAGAAUUUGCAAAAUUUGAGAAGGAAAAGAUGAAUGCCAAGUGGGAUGCGGGUGAAAAUCCUAUAUACAAGAGUGCCGUGACAACUGUGGUCAAUCCAAAAUAUGAGGGAAAAUGAAAAGAAAAAAAACCCUGCUUUGUAACUUCACAACACUGUAUGCAAUGUAGCAAUUUUGUAGUCACAGUAACCUAGCUUUAGGGCAAUACUGCAAUGAAUUUACUAAUUCAUUACAUUAGGUUUCUUUCCUAUGCAGAUUUUU